AUGUUUUCACACUGCCUCAAUCUUCGCUGGCAUGUCGCCUGGCUUCUCAUUCAAACGUCAGCUGGCAGUUUUGUUCAGUUCUAUGAUAGAUCGUCCCAGCUAGGAUUCGCGCUGUCCACGCUACUUGAGAACAAUGGCAAUCCCGAUAAAUUACUCUUCCAACUGCGUGUACCUUCCGACGCUGGCUGGGGAGGCAUCGGCACCGGUAUUAGAAUGGACGGGUCGCUGAUGUUUAUCCUCUACGCAUCUACCAAUCCAGGAGACGUGACAGUAAGUGUUCGGACCGCAAAUGGCCACGGCACCCCAGACGCCUUCGGAGAACUUGGAUAUAACGUCGUCAAUACCUCAAAUGAAGGUGGAACUCUGACAGCAGACAUCAAGUGUCUGAAUUGUACAAAAUAUUCGAGGAAUCCCAUUGACACUGCGUCUUCGGCACAACCGUGGAUCUGGGCCAUUGGCCCCGGUGAUCCGGUGACAUCGAACUCACAGGACGCCGACAUAAACAAGCAUUCCCAUUAUGGUGUCUUCUUCACUGAUAUGACCAAAAGCGUUACAACGGGUUCCAAUAUACCCUUGAUUUCCGGCACGUCCAAUAUCCACGCCAGGGCUCAGCCAGGGUAUACCCACGACCUGGUCGUCCUGCAUGCUGUACUGCUGGGUCUUGCAUUCGUGAUAGCAUUUCCACUGGGUACCCUCGCUCUGAGGGUGUUUCGAUCGUUCAAGAUUCACUGGAUCGCGCAAAUCAUCAGCUUGGCCGCGUCAGUCAUUGGCUUUGUGGUGGCAAUCGCACUCAGUAUUCUCGGCAUCGAAUGGGAGCAUUUUUCUGCGGCUCAUCAGAUCAUCGGUAUCCUCGUUGUGGCUCUAGCUCUGGGACAGGGUCUGCUGGGCUAUUGGCAUCACAUGCAGUACAAAAAGUUGGGCAAAAGAACCUUCGUGUCGUACGUGCACAUUGUGCUCGGCAGGGGUGUUAUUUGGGUCGGCAUGGUCAACCUCGUGCUGGGUUUCUUGCUUGACGAUUCUACGGGAUUGGCGGCCGGUGCGGGUGUCGUCUCGGCAGUUGCAGUGGCGGUAAUGGAAGGCGGUUUGUUCUGGACCCGUCGACGUCCUCUUCCAAAGUCGGCCGCUUCCAGUACGACGAGUGUGCCGCUGAAUGCCUAUGGCGGCGGAGACGACCCAGCUAGCAAUCAGAAGUGA